AAAAAAUAAAUAUGAAGAAAACCACGAGAGCGAAAUAGUCAGGCUCCCUAUAAAUACCGCUUGCGCAGUUCCUCAACUAUCAUUCGAGAAACUAAAUUCGCUUCGAACAAAUUAACCAAAGAGAAACAAAAUGAAGUACUUGGUGUUUAUUCUAAUGUCGCUAGUUGUUUGUGUGGAAUGCUACAAAUUUUCAGCUGAAAUUGCAAAAUGCUUUGGCGAUUAUUCAAAGAAUAUGUUUGAUCCGGACAAAAAGAUAUCUUCAUAUAAAUAUUGUAUGGAUAAAAUUUUAUUUAAUAACCCCCGUUUAGAUACAUGGAGUGACUAUUUUCCAGACAUAAAUAAUUUUAAAAGAGGAAGUAACAAUUCUAUGAUGGUCAGGGGAAUUAGAAAAGAAUAUAGAAUGCUCACUCUCGUAGAAAGAGACAAUUUUCAUCGCGCCAUUAAUAUGUUGAAACAAGAUACGAGUAUGACUCCAAAUAAAUACGAUGCGAUCGCCUUCCUCCAUACUGGUCACACGGUUAGAAACGCUCACUCUGGCCCUUCUUUUCUAGUUUGGCACAGAAUGUACCUUAACAUGAUGGAAGACGCUCUUAAUGAAAAGGUGUCAGGAGUAACAAUUCCAUAUUGGGAUCCAACACUUGACAGCUCUCUUGAUGAUCCUCGAGAUUCCAUUAUCUGGACGGAUAAAUUCUUGGGAAAUAUUAAUGGAAUUGUUAAUUGUGGUCCGUUUGCUAACUGGAGCACACCAGCUGGGCCUCUGAUAAGGAAUGGUGGUUUUAUUAGUAACUUACCAACUACUCGCGACAUAAGAAAUAUUCUGAGCCGAUGGAGACUUGCAGAUAUCAGCGAACCAAAUGCGAUUGGUAAAUACAACUUGGAAUUUCACCACAAUUCUAUGCACAAUUUUAUUGGAGGACAUUUAGGUCAACCAGAAACCUCUCCCAUGGAUCCAGUUUUCUGGCUAAUCCACAGCUAUAUGGAUCUUCUUAUGAAUCGUUUCAAUGAGAACCAAAAGAAGCACAAUGUCGAUCCUGCAACAGAUUAUCCAUUAAAUUAUGGUUUACCAGUUUAUGCUCUCGAUCACAGUAUUGGACUGAAAAAUAUAACAAUCAGAGAAGCAUUAAAACAAACUCAAUCUUACAGUUACAUUUCUUCAUAUGACUACGCUAUACUUGAGAUGCCAUGUAACGGAAAUCCAGCGGUCCAAGUUUCUCCUUAUCUAACUUGCCACAAUGGAAGAUAUCAGACGAAAACUAGAAAAUCAGCUGGUUGCAAUGCUCUUAUUCCCUAUCAGAAUAUGUUUUGUAUUAACCGUAAUUGUGAUCUAAAAGAAUGGGCAUUUAUUCCAGUUGAAGUAAUUUACGAACGACCUUUCGAAACGAUGAAAUUUGGAAAUUUCCCGAUCAGAAAUGGCAUACCAGAUUUACUGACUGAUCUAUACGACAAUAAUGUACCCCAAAAUAUCUCAUCUAGUAACUCUACUUGCCGAAGUAAAAAGUGUUGUGGUCCCGCGGAAAGAGUCAGUGUGCAAGCCAGUGGCAUUAAUUAUUUUGGUAACUAUGAAGAAAUGGUGAUAGUUGAUCGUAGAUUAGCUGUAUCAUCGGAUAUAGCCUACAUUGGUAUCAGAAGACCUACAACAAACUUCAGUCUGGUAUUUACGACAGUUUCAGAACAAUGUGGAAGAAUAUGUCGUCCUUCCUGCUUAGUGCCGGGUUCAAAUCCACCGAAGUACACAGAAUGUAUAGGUCUGUUGAACUUAACUCACAAUGAUGCUCAUUUCUACGGCAAUACUCUGGCAGAAGCUUACAUGAAAGUGUGGGAUUAUAAAAACCAGAUACGACCGAAAGUAAGACACGAGAAUAUACCAAUCGUAUACCAUUGUGAUGACAGCCUGUGGCCAUUUAACAACACCGACUAUACAACAACAACACCAUCAUCUUCGACAACAGCGUCAACACAUACACAAACCACAACUACUACCCCUACCACUACUACAACUCCAACAACUACAACACCAACAACUACAACACCAACAACAACAACAACUAGUGGAAACAGUAAUGUCUUCUGCAAAGUUGAUGAUUCCUGUAUAGUCCCAUCGGGAUGUAGUUGUAAAUUCUUCGAAAAACAACCUUGUCUGCAAAUGUGCUCCAAAUAUGCUGUAUGUUUCAGAGGUUAUUAUCAUGUUUUGCCAUGUGGUUAUGGUUUUAAAUACGACCAACGUCAGCAAAGAUGCGUCCGUGGAUACUGCGUACACAGAGGGUAACCAAACGCCAUAACAUCACACUUAAUAACCACUUCAACAUUCAACAUUUGCUGUUAAAAUCAACGGUUUCUGGCGUACUUUUAUACUGAACACCUCUGCAAUCCAUCGAUUCGGUUCAGUGCGAUUUAUAAACAAUACAUUAAUCAUAAGCAAUACAUAAAAAAUUAUCAAGAUGGACCUUGAUUCUGUUGGGUGGCUAAACGCUCUCAUAAUCACUUACUCACACGAUACUAAAUUAUUUAAUAUUUACGGUCAAUUGCUGCCAACA